AUGGAGGGCGAGGAAAUUGCUGCUAAAGAUCUCUUUCCAGAGGAGCCUGGCAUUACUGAUAUAACACUUGUAGUAGAGGAUAAAGAAAUCCACACUGCUAAAGCCAUCCUAAUGUGUGCUUCACCGGUAUUUAAAACGAUGUUUACCUCAGAUUUUAAAGAGAAAACAGCACAGAAGAUACAUUUUCCAGAGAAAAAAUACGAUGAUUUUGCAUUGUUUCUACUCAAGAUAUUUCCCCAGGAAUAUAUAGAACUGGACGAAGACAAAGUGAUUAGGAUCCUUCCAUUAGCAAGAGAGUAUGAAACACAGCAGAUAGUGAAAGACUGUGAAGCCUGGAUGAUAUCAAGACUAUCUUGGAAGAAGAUUUCUUUCGCUGAAUAUUCAAGAGAUCAAGAUAUUGUGUAUCUACUUCAGUGGUUGAAAAUUGCAGAGGAUUAUGAACAAGGCUAUCCAAAGUAG